AAACAACGUUUACGCUUCCUAACUGUGUCUGGGUUUGUUUUAUAAACAAAACGCAAUGCCUCUGAUUAAAAUAAUAAUAAAAAAGAAUGCCAUACGCACGAAUUUGUCUUUGCACAAAUGUUUUGUGCGUUACGAAGAUGACUUUGGCUCCUUUUGGAUGGUUGACGACAGUGAGUUUGUUAAAAGGCGCCACUUGUCGAGAGGCCGUCCGCGCAAAUAUGAGCCGUCUUCAUCGCCCAAUUCAAACUCGCAACAGUUUGGUAACACCAUUACUUCGACAGCUUCUAGCGAUGCUGUUGAUGGCAGUUGUGUUCUUAACGACACUAUUGCCAAUAGCCCAGAUUCAUCAACUGCUGUCACCUCGUCCCGUCAACGUUGUGCCAGCAGUGGCAGUAACAUAUUUAAUAGAUCUGGUAAUAAAAUCAAUGGUAGUGAAAAUGAUGGCGGUAACGACGACUACGAUAUCUGCGAAGUUAGCCAAAGAAGUCCAGCCGGGUGUCAGACUCACCUUCAUAGUGAUAGUAAAGAGUACUGUAGCUCCAAGCAACGCCCCCAGCUUCACGGGUCUAUUAUAGGUAUUGCAAUCAAAACGAAUUUCAAUUCGUUAAUUGAACACAAUCGCAUGUCGACCAGAACGAAUGUUGGAGGCGGUGUUAUGGCUACAGGAAAUAGUCCUGGCGUCGGCGGCAUUGGUGAUAUUGGCUCCGUUGGAAGCUUAGACGUUGAUAACCACCAUAACGGCACUUUAAAUAUUGCCAACACAAGUGUCGAAACAGAUGACACGAAUGGCUACGAUUUUCACACACAGUAAGCAAAGCUAAAUUAAAAUAUAUUAUUUAU